AGAAGAGCAAUUGUUUCUAUGAAAUAUCAUUCAGUGUGCUAUGUCAAAUCAAGCUUAAUAAUAAUUUAGAUGCAUCACAUUUUUUUCAAAGUGGAAAUUUGGAGUCAUGCUUUAGUAAACCUUUAUUACCUAUAAAAAUGACGACUGAAGAAGCCGCGGAGGCAACGGCGCCCCCGAACCCACCUGGAAGGUUAAUUCUCAAGUACCUGCACGACGUCAAAGAAGGCGCUACCUCUGCGGAAAUUGUGCGAUUUUUAAGAGCGAAUUAUAACAAAUUAGGCAGUGAUGAACUAAAUCAAACUGUGGAGAAAAUCUUAGAAAAUGGAGUAGCUUUAGGGUUUCUAGAGAGAAAAGGCUCCAAUUAUUUGAAUUGGAAAGCGCGAGAGGCGUGCGGGUGCAGAAGACGCAGACGGCGCAGAAGUUGCAGACGGCGACGAAGACGGAUUCGCCGCCGGUACAGGCGGCGCCGACGCAGAGGCUGCGGCUGUCGCUAACCUCCAAUACAUAAUCUAUACCCCAAAAUCUUUCAGUGACCUGUUUAGAUUUUUAAUUUUUUGAUACACAUUAUAUGCUUUAUAUGUUUGUAACAUUAUUUUCGUACUAGAAGUUUUUUUGUUUUUGGAA